AUGAUGAAGAGCAGUGAUGUUUCCGAUCUUCGUUCGAGGCUCAAGUGGGAUGUAUUCCUCAGUUUUCAAAGAGAUACGCGCCACAAAUUCACGGAUCGUCUUUAUGAAGUGCUCGUCAAGGAACAGGUCCGGGUUUGGAACGAUGAUGUGGAACGUGAGAAUGAUGAGCUCGGUGCAAGUCUCCUGGAGGAGGCUAUGGAGGACUCUGUCGCUUUAGUCGUCGUCUUAUCUCCUAACUAUGCUAAGUCUCACCGGUGCCUUGAAGAGUUAGCCAAGAUCUGCCAUCUGAAAACCUCCCUGGGUCGGCUUGUGCUACCCAUCUUUUACGAGGUUGAACCCUGGAUUUUUCGGAAACAGAAGGGUCCUUUCGAGAUGGAUUUUAAAGAGCACUCGAAAAGAUUCAGCGAGGAGAAGAUACAGAGAUGGAGGAAAGCAAUGAAUUUAGUUGGAAAUAUAUCCGGAUUUGUUUUCAGGUAUGGAUUCCAAUAA